AUGUCUGCCAAAUAUUCUCAGCUUUCCAUACCCGAGUCUGCGGAAGACUUUGACGAUGAAGAACUUCCCAGCAAUAGCACUAGUAGCACUAGUCCCAAAAAGAAGACGAGUAUCAUUUGUGGGUGGACCUUUUGGAUGCUCAUUCUACUCAUGGUCAUGACAGUUGGUGGAGUGGGAUUUGUAAUGCUUCAGGAUGAUCCCAAUCAUGACUUGUUGGCCACGCUUAGUCUCGGAGACGAAGAACAAGAAGGCUCCAUCGCAGCAGCCGCCGCAACAAAUCAACAACAGAUUGAUGACAGUAGCGAUUAUGUUGUUAGCAGUAGUAGCAGCAGCAGCAGCAGUAGUGAUACCGAUAGUGACAGCAGCAGUGGAAGCAGCAGUAAUGACAUGACUGUUGAGAGCAGUGCUGAAAGUGCUGACAGCAGUAACGGGGAGGUUGACAGUGAUACCAGCAGCAAGGGUGCUGACAUGAAUGGUAGUGCUGAUGAGGAUGCUAUGAUUGAUGAACGCGACGAUGAUACUAUUGAUGAGAGCGAGAUCCCGACUGAGAGUCCACCGACAGAUAAUAAUGAUGAGGGUGAUGAUGAUGAUGAUGAUGAUGAGAGUGCUGAUGAGGCUAUUCGCAGCGAUGACUACAUUCCAUCUGAAUCUGCCGCAGAGGACAACAAUAACACGGAAGGUGCAGAGGCAGAAAUAAACCCCUCUGGUGCAGCAGAUGACACUACCAAACAUGAUGUGGAUGAGGAUGACGAGGAGGAAGCCGCAAUUAUUGCCUCGCUCCAAAAACGCCUAAAACCCAAACAAUUGCAAUUCGUCAAUUCAACAUCCAAUGACUUGAGGCUUCAUCAAUUCCUUCAUUUGCACCAAAUGAAAACGGGUGGGACUAGUUUGGACCAUUAUUUGAGAUGUGCUUUGGAUCGAUUGCGUGCCUUUCAAAACUUGACCAUCCAAUAUGGUAACAUUCACGAAUGUUCGCCACUACGCUAUUACAAAUGCCGCGAUGGGUUGGAUCCAAAUUGCAUGUGGCGACUCACCAAUGCUUCCUUCAUGUCCUAUUGUGCGCCCCUUAAGGAUUUGCCAAAGUUCCAAUGGUCGUCACCGCAAGAUGACAUUCGGGCCAUUACCGUAUUGCGGAAUCCAGUCGAUCGAGUUUGGUCCAUGUUUCGAUUUCAAACCAAGAGUUGCUACUAUUGUAUGAAUCUGACGGAUGUCUAUGAUCUCAUUGAUAGGAAUGAAACACAAAACUUUAAAGACAUUUGUCUGAAGCAACUCAUGAAUCACGAAACGGCCAACAUGCUAAGUCAUUCCGAACUCCUUCCCCACGAGAAUGCAAUCUAUCAACAAGAACCACAAGCUACUGACCUGGUCACUGAAGCGGUGGACAAUAUGAAGUCUUUCUUUACGGCCAUUGGAUUGACGGAAGAAUUGGAACAGUCCGUCCAAUUGUUUAGCGAAAUUUUCCCUUGGUUCCAAUCGGAGGUUGGUUGGUCCGAACGAACCUGCGCAUUGACCCAUGACAAUUCGUCACCAUCGAACAAUCGUUGUAUUGACGACAAGACACAUUGGGACUUGCCAUCGCAUCCAGAUGAACAUACACGCAAGGUCAUUGAAGAGCACAAUCAAUUGGAUAUGGCUGUGUACCAAGCGGCGGUCAAACAUUUUCAACGGGAAAACAUUGCUGUCUUUCGGUCGUGA